CCAGUCCCAGCUCCGGUAUAGCAGAGGCGGUGAUGUUGUGGUGUGCUCCGGACGGCUGUGCAGUUUGGUAGCUGUACCCACUCAGGAGCAGCUGGAUCUCGCAGGCAUUUGCCCCUCACAAGUUUGAUAAAGAUCCAGAAUAACUUGAGCCUGGAAAAGUCAAAUCCUACUGUUUCAGAGAAGAUGUCAGAGUUCAGCUCUAAAGAUUCCUUGUUGCAUUGCUCAUCGUCCACGACAGAAACCAUGAACUAUCCCGAUGAGGUAUUCCUCAAUGCUGCCAAGAUCUUCCAAGGCAUUCAUCGUAAGAAACCCCCUGACAGAACCCUGGUGAACUAUGGUUCUGACAUUGAACACUCUGCACCAGAAUUCAAGGACGAAAGAUCUCAGCGCUGGUCUUAUGAAUUGGCUUUCAGUGCCCUGAAAUAUCAAGAUCUUCUUGAGACGAUAUUACUAGUCAGUGGCUUCUAUCAUUCCCAACCUUUGCCAGAUGAAAUGACAAGUCUGGUGGUGGUUAUGUUAUAUGACUUCCAGUUUCGAAAGUUUCAGCCACGCUAUCUUUCCAAUAAAGAUGAGGUUGUAGAGGAAGUACAAGAAGUAGAGACACUCCUCGAAAGCUAUAAAACCAAGCUGGCUGCAGCCCUUGCAAAAUGUCGAAUUAAGUAUGCAGCUCCAACCAUUGAGUAUAUCUUACCUGAGACUGUACGGAAACAAGAACAAAGAGCUUCUACAUUACCAAUUUAUGCUUGGAUUAACACAACCAAAGCCAGCAUCACAGAAGUUUUUAACACCUUAAAGAGAGAGGGGUUCACCCAGACUGAUUGUCCCUCAGAACUUGAUGGUUAUACAUAUUGUGUGGACCACCAUUGCCAAGAUUUGCUAAUUUUUCCAGCACAUUUUAAAGAGGAACUUUUCAACAUGGAAAUGGUUGUUAAUUACCAGCUAAUAUUACAGGACAAGUCACACAGCCUAGCGGCACAUUCAGUAACAGCCUUGCUCAACAUGGAUGAUGACAUCAUAGUGGCCAGCCCUUACCCAGACUAUACUAUUGCCCACAUUUCUGUGCUGACCAGUCAGUAUUCUUCUAAUAUAUAUGUCUGCGGAGUUAAGUCUGAAUCUAGAGAAGAAGAGAUGUUGGAUUUAUUCCGCAGCAUGGAAUGUAGAAAUAUUAAAAUGCUGAAGGAGAGUUUCACCGACAUCGACCUCACGAAUCCUAGGUUGCAGAAGGCAAAAAUCAUUCUCCUCAUGCCUCUGUGUUCAGGAUCAGGCGUCAGUGACCCAGUGGAGUUUAUCUUAAAUGAUCAUGGAGACACUUCUCUGCUCCAGGAUCUCUCUCAAGGGUACGUCUCUGCUGACCGGCUCAAUGAUCUGGCCAAACAUCAGCUCUCGGAGCUCAACCACGCCAUGAAAUUCAGUAAAGUGCAGGCAAUUGUAUACUGCACUUGCUCCAUUUAUCCUGAAGAAAAUGAAAAUGUGAUCAGUCAAGCCCUUCAGAUGAAAUUGGAAGGAAUCAAAGGGCAGCCAUACAGGAUUAGCCCUCCUCUUAUACCACUUUGCUCUUCAAAAGAAGUUGAAUCAGCCUCCGAGAACUUUUUUAAAAUGGAGCCAUCACAAAUUUCCAAUGGUUGUUUUCUUGCAGUCCUAACAAGGGAGAAGGAUCCAUCAGAAUCUUUCUCUGCUAAAGAUGUUCUGGCUCGAGCUGCUUCUAAGGGACUUCUUGAUGGUAUUGAAGUUCCCAAAUCUUCAAGAAGGGAGAAGAAGAGGUCCAAAGCAACACAUAAAAGUUCUCAUGGCCCAUCAGUAACUCAAGCAAAAAUCAACGAGUUUCUGAACAGGGAAAACAAUGUGAUCAGCCCAAGAAUACAACAAGAGCCAAAGAAUAGUUCUUUAAUGAGAAAACCAACAAAGCUUGGAGCAAUUCCUCCAAACAGUGCAACAGUGAAAACUACAAAUGGCCACGCUGCCAUCUCCAAAAUGUUAGAAAGACAACCAACCAUUGUCAGGCCAAAACCUGAAGAUAAGAUUGUGCUGAAGCCAGUCCAUAUUAUGUUGCCGCCAGUAAUGGUUCCUUUAUACAUGACUCCACCUGCUGUCAAAAUCCGGAGUCCAGUCCACUAUUACCAUCAGCGCUGGCAUGCAGGAACCAGGAGCACCAUCUCCGUACAAAGCCCUUAUAUACCGACAUUGCCAAAGGCUCCACCUCCCACUGUGGUUCGUCAUCCUAAGCCGUGGCAUUAAAUUGAGUUUAUGUAAUUAAUGUACUUCGUUGUGUUUAGUAGUAACACUGCUCAUUUUUACUAAAAUGACUUGUAUUUCUAACGUUGAGUUACCGAGUUACCAGUAUUGUAUCUUCUAACUAAUGAUAUUACAUUUCAUUUGGAGAAUAUGAAUUUGCAACGUUCUUCAUUUACUCCUAUCAGUCCAU